UCGUCAUAGUCAGAAGGGCGGGGUUCAAAGUUAUAGUUCAGAGAUCGAUAUCAUAUUUAUAAACCGCAAACUUAUUUUGCGAGAAGAUAAUUCAACGAAUGCCGAUUCUAAAUACCCAUUGCUCUAAAACGGCGUGCGCGUUUAUUACGCAAUGGGGGUGAAACACCUUUGGACAAUUUUAACACCUUUUUGCGAAAGAAAACCGCUGUUUGAACUGCAGGGCAAAACUUUAGCAAUUGACUUGAGCUGCUGGAUCGUUGACAGUCAAACUGUGACCGACAAUGUCGUGCAGCCAAAGAUGUAUCUUAGAAACUUGUAUUUUCGAACGAUCAACCUCCUCCUGCAAGACAUUCAUCCGGUGUUUGUACUCGAAGGCAAGGCGCCUGACCUGAAGCAAAAAACUAUCGAACGGAGAAACGAAAUACAGCAAAUUAAAAGAACGGGCGCUGUAGCACUGAAAAAGGCUACCGCUAAACGUGGAAGAACUCGAUUCAAUAAUGUGCUCAAGGAGUGCGAGGAAAUGCUAAGUUACAUGGGAAUUAAAUGUGUUCAAGGAUACGGAGAGGCGGAAGCCAUGUGCGCCUACCUAAACGCAGAUGGGAUAGUGGAUGGUUGUGUGAGCCAAGACAAUGACUGUUUCUUGUAUGGGGCAAGAGUGGUAUACAGAAACUUCAACCUCAGUGGAGCUGUCGCUUCAGGAGGAAGUAUCGACGUUUAUGAUAUGGAAAAGAUUGAAUCUGCAUUGAAUUUAGAUAGAAAUAAGAUGGUAGCGUUGGCCUUAUUGUGUGGCUGUGAUUACGACGAUGGAUUGAAUGGUGCAGGCAAAGAGGCAGCCUUGAAAUUAUUUGCACAUGUCCGUGACGAAGAUAUAUUAGACAGGUUGAAGAGCUGGAAAACUGAUAACCAGUUCGAGACGAUUGAAGCUCGAUUGGCAAAUCCUAAGCAUUGCACGUCUUGCGGUCAUAAUGGUAACGUCAGACUGCACGCAAGAGUUGGCUGCAUAGGUUGCGGCACAGUAAAAAGUUGCAGAAAUGAUUAUAAGGAGGAGAAAAAACUGAUAAUGAAUGAGAUAACCCUGCGAAAAAAAGCAAUUCUCAUUGAUACGUUUCCGAAUCAAGAAAUAAUAGACGAGUAUCUCAUUAGGAAAGGUCCGGUUCCAUCAAGUCUAGACCUAAAAUGGCAACAACCAAAAGUGGUCAAAUUUAUUUUUUUCAUGGAAAAAAAGCUGGGCUGGGAACCAAACUACUCGUUUGAGAAAUUUCUUCCACUGAUGACGCGUUGGCAGCUUGUCAGUCUACCAGAAAUAAGUUUAAGACAUAGCAUAAGUUUCAUGAAGUAUUCGAUCGGUUUGCCCGUAUCAAACUUGAUAUUUCCUGAUAGAGUAAAAAAAAUUCGCAAUAUAAAGUCAGUAGCGAGUUACGAAAUCAUAUGGAAUGAUGCGGAGGGAUUUCUCGACGGUCUGAUAACUCUGUCGGAUGUAAAAUCCAGUGAAGAAGAUGCCGAACCGCUGAAAGAUGAUUCCAAAGAGCAAAAUCCCCCCGAAGGAUUGUUUGUUACAAUCGAGCCUCAGAGUUUAGUUGUAAAAUGCUAUCCUGAGAUAGUCGAGAAGUUUGAAGAGGAAAAAGUUGCGAAGAAGAAAUCUAAGAACUCCAAAACCAGAGCUAAGACCACCAGCAGAGGCAAACUUAAGGCAGAACUCAACGCUGAUACCGAAAAACCGGAAAAGCAGGUUGGCAAAAGGGGGAGGAAGAAGCUCGCUGACAUAGUCAAUACAAGAAAAAUAGACGAUUACAUAGUGAACAACGUGGUGGAGAGUUUAGAAGACUCGUUCAACAAGAUGGAAAUUACUCCAAAGCGUCUCAAAAGCGCGCCACAGAUCCAAAGAACCAAAGACGCCGAGGUAAACCCAAGAAUGAAUAACACACUGGACAGAAUGUUCGAGAACUUGACUGCUGAUGAUUUUGCCAGUGAAGGGGAAACGGAACUUGACAUGUCUGAUAUUGUCGAAGAAAUAUGCAACCGAAAAAUUAUCGAUCUCUAUUCUUCGAGAAAUAAUCACACGUUGAAACCUGAAAACAAUAAAGAAAAUACGACACCAGACGUAUCUCACAAUAAUUAUUCUGAUAUUUGUACAGCAAAAGGUAAUUUUAAUUUAGAAAAAGCACAGUGUUAUGUUUUCGAGGAACAUAUUAACGUUUGCCCGAUCACUGAGCACGAUGUCACAGAUGAAUUUGCGGACAUUGAAAAUUAUGUUCCAUUAAGUCAGCGUGUAAACGAAGUAAAAGGCACACAGUGAAAAGUCGAAGGUCGUAGUGCUAUUAUUAUUCAUUUCUUACUUUUUCUGCACUAGUAUUAAAUACGCUAAAAAAAGGUUGAUCAUCUGUUGGUGCGGACUUGAUGAGAAUUGUAAAUAUAGUAUUGUAAUCCAUUAUGUACAGAUAG